UAAAAAAAGAGGUUAGUUAUUGUUGAUAAGUUUCCUUUGUUAUAGAUUAGAUAUAAUAUUUGAUUUAUUUAGAUAUAGUAAAGUGUUUUAGUGAAUUAGUCAGUGAGCAAACAGGAAAAUGGCUUCGAUUGAAACCAAGAAUACUGAAAAUGGUUUUAAAUCUAAUGAUGAAUAUGAUGCCCUAGGUAACAAUAGGCACAUGUACCAACCUCCUGUAGCUGCUAUGCCCGCAGAAAGAAAUGCACCUUAUUAUAAGAUGGAUCACAAAAAUCGUGGUCUAGCUGUUAUAUUCAAUCAUGAACAUUUUGAGAUUUCAAGUUUGAAACAGCGAAAUGGAACUAAAGUAGAUUGUGAAUCUUUUGCAAAUCUCCUGAAAUGCAUUGGGUUCAAGGUGGAAGUUUAUCAUGAUAUGUGUUACAAAGAUAUAAGGGAAAAAGUUUCCCUACUUUCCAGCCAAUAUGAUCAUUCAGAUUCUGACUGCUUUCUUAUGGCUGUUUUGUCUCAUGGAGAAUUGGGAAUAUUAUUUGCCAAGGAUACACCCUACAAGCCUGAUUCACUGUGGACAUCUUUUACUGCAGAUAGGUGUCCAAGUCUUGCAGGUAAACCUAAAAUGUUCUUUAUCCAAGCCUGCCAAGGGGAUAGAUUGGAUGGAGGUGUAACCCUGUCCAGGACAGAAACAGAUGGUCAUGGUUCCAGUUCAUACAGGAUCCCACUUCAAGCUGACUUUUUAAUUGCUUAUUCUACUGUGCCAGGUUAUUAUUCAUGGAGAAAUACAACUCGGGGUUCCUGGUUUAUUCAAGCCCUUUGUGAGGAAUUAGAGAAAAACGGUUUUCAAUACGACAUGCUGACACUUCUUACGUUUGUUUGUCAAAGGGUUGCUCUUGAUUAUGAAAGCAACACACCUGAUGUGCCUUACAUGCAUAGACAAAAGCAAAUACCGUGCAUCACUAGUAUGUUAACAAGGCUCGUCAAAUUCACCAAAAACGGAUAGGCUCGUUAAAAUUAUCAAAAUAAAAAUAUUGCAAUUAAAUAACUUAAAAAUUAAGUUAUCUUGAUCUCUAUUCCAGUAUAAAUUAUCAUUUCAAUUUAGAUGGAUAAGAAACAAAAGAUUUCUACACUUAUUGGUGAUGUGUUUGUUGAUUACAUUUUUUGUUUUGAUAAGUGGUAAGCCUUUUUUAGGAAAAUGUUAAUGCUUUUUAAGAUACAAAAUGUGUUCAUGCUUACUAAAUUAAUCAGUAAUAAUUUUCUUAUCAGUACAUAUUUAAAUGAUAGUGAUGUAUGUGUCAAUUCAAUCAACUUUUUGCUCAUUUAUUAAUGUACUUAUAUUUAUUCUACUGCUUUAGUAAUUUUUAUCCAAUUAUUUCAGUUAUAAAUAUAAUCUUGUGUGAAAGCAAGUUCUGGUAAAUGAACAAAUUAAUUAUCAAAAAAUGAUUGAUUAUUAGCAUUAAUCUUUGCCAUAUAUACAGUCACAUAUUAAUUCUUUCUAAUUAUUUUUUGAAUUCUAUAGAAUUUUUUUUAAAGUAGGUAAAUAUUUUUGUUAUAUUUAAAAGAGUAUGUGAGUACCAAAUGGUUUGAAUUUUUUGUUUAAUUAAGUAAGGAGCUUUUAAUAAAUAGUGUAAUUAGUAUGCGUACAUAUUAUGUCACAAAAAGUAAUGAAUAUUUAUCUUUAAUAAGCAUGUGAUAAAAUUGCUGCCCAUUUUUGUGAAUAGUUAAUAUAAGUGUAUACAUAAGUAUCAUGACAAACUAUUCCAAAUAUAGCAUUUGUAAUGCAAUAUACCCCAUAUUUUUACAUUUUUAUAGGAAUAUUUAGAUAAUUGAAAUCCUUGUGUAUUUGUAUGCAGUUUUGAAUAAAUUUUCUAAUAUUUCAAA